AUGUUUAGGUCAAAAUAUGUUGGUUCAUAUGGACCCCUUUCUCGUGAAUGGGAACCUCCACGGCGACCUCCGCCACGACCUCCACCGUUGCCACCGCGUAUACCACAAGAAUAUGAUCCGUAUAUUGGUCCAGGAAAAUGGAAUAGAGGUCGUAUAAAAUCUUUUAGUGUGACCGAACACUUUGGCAGUAUUGUAGCAGAUUUUCGUAAUUUGGAAGUCUUUUUUCACCAAUCUAACGUAUACGGAAUUUCUGCGGAGCAGUUAUAUCCAGAUUUACCAGUUUGGUUUCAAAUACGUCCAGGUGUAAGAGGAUUAGAAGGAUAUAAUAUUCAACCAGCAAUUGAAAUGAGAGAAAUUCCUUCAACAUCACGAAUUCCAUGGUCAGAACCAGCAGUUCGUCAACCCUUAUUUCCUCUAGGUUCAGAGCCACUUAGAAUGAGAAGGUUACCUGAAAGACGUAGAACAAGACGAUUUCGCUGUUAUAAUUGUGGACAAUACGCUUCACAUAAAGCUGCCACAUGUCCGUUUGAACCUAUGCGACGACGCUGUUAUCGAUGUCGUGAUCCAAAUCAUUUAAUAGCUCAAUGUCCAUUAUUACAUUCACUUACACCGCAGUGUUAUUUGGCACCUGGACCGUCAACUUCACAAGUACCCCCACGAUUUUCAGAAGCACGUUUACACGUGCCACAACCGACCUUAACGAUAGCACAACAACAGUUACCCCAACAAACCCAACAGCCAUUUAUGCAAUAUUUUUUCCCACCAGGGUUUGGUGAUGACGAUGACGAUGAACAUGGUGAUUUUAGGGAGUAA